AUGUCAUUUCAUAACGACGCAUGCCUGAACCGCGACACGAGCGAGGAGAGUAGUGCGAAGCCCAACGACUUGACGCGCAAAAGAAGGCGGGACGAGGUAGGCGUGUCUGCCAUCGACCGACGGCCCUUCAGCAUACGCUCCGGUUCGCUUGACGUGCUCGCCAGUCCCCGUACACUCACACCGCUAUGUUUAUUGCCGAGAUCUCGACUGCCGCUUGCCUAUCUGGACACUGCGGACGAUGGCAGCAGACUGUUCUCGGCCCAUGUGCCCGUACUGGAAGCUCAAGAGGCUCACGCCGAUGGAGAUGCCGUAUUGAUUGUUGAAGAGCUGCACGAAGCACGACUAUACGCUGUUGAACGAGUGCGGACGAGACGGUAUGCGCUGUGCAGACUGCUCUCAUGGGUCAAGGCGUUGCACUUGACGAGGAAGACAGGCGAGGAUAUACCAACCGCACAGUCUCCGCGCAAGAGGCAGGCUUUGCAGCCGCUUGAAGAGGGAACCCCGUGGUGGAACAAUGCUCGAAUCGACGUUGAUCAGAACUUGCCACAAGCAGACGCCGGCAAAUCGGUAAUACCAAAGCUAUGCCUGCACACGUCGACAGAGGUAAGAGCCCCAGCUGCAUCCACGUUGCAGCUUGCACCGGAAGCAGUCGACGCUGGACUGGCUACGGCGGAGUCUGCCCUGCCGACCUCACCCAAGGCUAUGUCGCCUGCAAGCCCUUUCGAAGAAUUGACCAAGCAGUACCUGGAAGCUCUGUAUACCUCGAGACUACCAUUGCCGUUUUUCGUCAAAGGUCCUCUGGCUCGAGCAAGAGCUGCCUUCAACUCGCAACCGACCGAACUCAUCGACUUCUUGCGAGGAUCAAUAUUGCCGGCUCCCGUCAUGGAUAAGAAGUUCCGACAAAGUAUUGCAGAUUUGGUCAAGGACCUUUCUGUCCUUGACACUCCCGACGCCAAACCCAAACAGCGGAAGAAGCGAAAGUGGAAGGCGAAGCGUGACAAAGCCGGUCUUUUCGUGGACGAAAAAGACUAUGUCGAACAAUGGUGGCGCCGUGAGGACGACGGCGAAAGGGCUGGUGGUCCGCAUGAGACUGUCGACAUGACGGUGAAACGACGCUCGCAACGUCUGCGCAACAGAGAGACUUUCUUGCAAGUGAUCCUGAUUCAUGAGGUCACUGCAUUGGAAGCAUCAGUACCACACAAGCUACCGGCAGCGCAGGUGGAUGCGCUUCAUUCACAGGAUGGCCGACCACUGGAUCAGGACACGCGUUCGGGCUUAGAAGAGAAGAAGCCCCGGAAGAGGAAGGAAGUUGAUGUUGCUGUCACGUUGGCAACUUUGCUCGAUCGCUUGUGCAUCUGGUACUCAAUCGAGAGCAGCUCGCCUGUCAAGAACGGAACGGCUGCAGAAGAUGCGGCCAAGGGUGAAGCGAAUGAUGAUCUCAAGAGCUUUGCACGAGAUGUCAUCGUGCCCUUCUUUCAUUCUCGGAUACCCGAGCUGGCCAAUGCCACCAGUGGGAAGCUGGGAGGUCCGCAAGCGCCGACGCCUAAGAGAAAGACAGCAUCAUCGUGUAGGAAGCCUGGAGAGCCAGCAGCACGGCAAGCCCCUGAGAAGAAGCCGAGAAGACCACUGACCAGAGUCUCAACUGACACCUUGAAUCAGUCGAGCAAGAGGCCUCUAGCCUUGCAUCGAGCUGCUACCGACACUGAUGCUCUGCUACCUAUGGUGAAGCGUGAAAUGAGCGAACCGCCUCCUCUAUACCGUGUACCUGUUGUCAAGAAAGGCAAGCCACAACUUGGCCAGCAUGUGCAGCCAAAGCGUGUUAGCCUGUUGGAGCAAGCUUCUUUUGGAAGGCGUGAAGUUGAUCUCUCGGCGAUGUCGCAGGCCAACGACACGAAGGUGCGCAAGAAGGCUGACGUGGAAGCUAAAUUGCGCGAAGCUAUUACCACGCUCAAGAAGCCGAACAGAGAUCGUGCCGUUGAGGAGAUCGCCAAAAAUGCCGAUCAGAGCUUCGCGAAGGCGAUAGCGAAAGGCAGGAGUCAAACACAGCAGCAGCGCAAGCCAAAAAUGGACAAGGCCCUACAUGCUGCCAGUGCGAUUCCAAGCCAGAUCAAGGCUACACCGGCACCUAAGAGACGUGUCGAGCAGGGGGCCACUAGUAGUCGAGGUUCAGCAGGAACAUCAAUCGUGCCUUCCUCAUCAGCAAAGCUGCUAGCUCCUUCUGGAGACGUUGUGAGUAGCAGCUUUGCGCUCCCACAGACAGGGCAUCGACCACGGCAUACCAAUGUCGAGGAGACGCCAUCGCGCGGCUUUGCUAAGUUCAUGCCCGCUGGUCUCAUGCAUCAGCCAGGCACACUUCUGGCGUCACCCACCGCAAGCCGGACAGCACCAAUCGCGCAGACGCCUGCAAGACCCAUAAAGAUGGCCUCGCUGGCUGAGACUCCAGCUUCCAAGCCGGGUAGCUUGCAGUCACGGACAUGGAGCCCAAUGAAGCUGCAGGAUAAGCACGUAAUACAAGAACAGGCCGCGCCGGGCGUUAAUGGAGGCCUAGCAGAUACAGAAGUUGGCGGCAAGUCAAUCUAUGAUGCAUUGGGCUGGGACGAUGAUUAUGAUGAAUUAGCAUAG